AUGUUCCCCUUCCCGCUCCUGCCCUCCUGCGAAACGCACGACAACCGCACCGUUGUGCUUUCUCGCGGGGCGCGGAUACCACGUCACUUCCCAGAUACCUGCUGCCCCCUUCCCUCUCGCACCGCGGCGACUGCUGUGUCUCUUUCCCGCCCGGGGCGCGAGGAGCCAUCAGAGCCGGCGGCCGCGCAACGGCGGCUCCCCUUCUUCCUCGUCCGGUCGAGACACCGCCACCGGGCGCUCGCGAGCAGCAGCAGCAGCGGAAUCCGUUCCCGUUCUAGUCCAGCAGCCCUGCAUCAUCCCGUCCUGCGCGCGCGGUCAUCUAGGGCGACGGGAGGCUAUGACUCCCCAGAUUAUGAGCCAACGCUUCCUGUAUCCGAAAAGUCCAAUCCCCUGACGCGUGACAUCGACCGAGCUUCAGCCAAUUGCAUUGUGAGGAUGUUACAGGCCUGUGACGCCCAAAUGUUUCAAGAGGAGACAGAUGCAACCUAUCAGAGGCUUUUGAGUGACCAAGUGGUGAAAACUGUGAUGGAGGUUGCGAGGAGGGUGGAGCUCAUUCUUCAGGAUCCUCAGGACAGCCUUGUUGUACUGAGCGGAUGUGGGACCUCUGGUCGACUGGCUUUCCUCACGGCGUCAAGCUUCAACAGAGAGCUGAGGAAGCUGGACCAGAGUUUGAUUUAUUCCUACAUCAUUGCAGGAGGAGACAGAGCUCUGCUUUCCUCCCAAGAAGAUCCUGAAGAUGACCCCGAACUGGGCAUGCUCAGUCUGAAGAAGGUCUGUGAGGGGAAGAAGCAGGUUUUGUUCAUUGGCAUUUCCUGUGGAUUAUCUGCUCCAUUUGUGGCAGGUCAACUGGACUUCUGCCUGCAGCACCCUGAGGUCUACACUCCUGUACUGAUUGGCUUCAACCCCACACAUCAAGCCAAGGAUGAGCCCAUACGUGGCUUCACGUUCACAUUUCGCAGUGUGGUUCAAAGGAUGCAGGAGCUGACUAAAAGUCAAGCAGCCUUCCUUAUCAACCCGGCAGUUGGGCCGGAAGCCAUCAGUGGCUCUUCGAGGAUGAAGGGAGGCAGUGCCACUAAAAUCCUCCUGGACGUUGUCUUGUCUGCUGCUCAUGCUGCUGCCUUCACAAACACACCCAUCACAUACACGGGCAUCCUGCAGCACAUGAGAGCAUAUGAGAAAACUCUGGACGUCACAUACGCUCAGAGUGAGGGGAUAAGUACUCUGGUGGAGGCAGCUGGACAGAGUUUGCGGUUUGGAGGGCGCGUGUGUUACCUGGGCUGGGGCUCCCUGGCUGUGCUUGGCCUCAUUGACGCCAGUGAGUGUAACCCCACGUUUGGAGCAGACUACGAGGAUGUUCGUGGCUUCAUGAGUGGAGGAUACAGACAGCUUAGCAACAAUGAGGGUCCCCUGACUUCACUGGGACCUCAGUUUUGCAUAGCACAUGAGGAUUUUCUGCGUUUAGUUCUGCCCUGUCUCAGUGACCAGGACACUGUUCUACUUAUCUACACACACUCUGACAAUGUCAGUGAAGUGGCGAAGCUGGCACGCAGAGUGAGAGAGAAGACGUCCAACCUCCACGCUGUUUAUCACCACGCUGAUGGAGACACUGCAGCUGCUAUACACCAAGGUGGCAUCAAUAAGCUGUGUUCAUCUGCACUAAAAAUCACUUGGCCGACACCUGCUUCAGGGAGCUUACUACACAUGCAGUGGGAGCUGUCCACUAAACUGGUGUUGAACGCUGUGAGCACCGGAGCUCACGUCUUAAAGGGGAAGAUUUACCAGAACCACAUGAUCGACGUGCAGGUCACCAACAGCAAACUCUACCGCAGAGCCUCACGUUUACUUCAGAAACUGUGUGGUCAUCCUGAGUCCAAGUGUGAGGAAGCUCUUUUGAAGGCUAUCUACCGAGCGGACAAGCUGACACUGGACAUUGCAUCCUCUGAGAUUACCCUGCACACACACGCUGCCAGAAACAGGACCAAGGUGGUCCCUCUGGCUUUGGUCUGUCUACUGACUGGUUGGUCUCUCCCAGAGGCAGAGUCUCAUUUGGAGCAACAGCCAAUCAUAAGGGAAGCUGUGGAGGCCUGGCUCUCAUAAUGUCACACACAUGCAGUACAUUCAUGUAUUGACUCAGUCCUCUAUUUCCUCUAUACACAGAGGUCAGAGGUCAACUUUAAUGUCUGUCUCUGAUUCUCAGAUUUCUAAAUGCUGCAGCAGUCUCGGCCCUAACUGCAAAACCAUGUCCUAACACUGAGGGGCAGAC